UCGAGUCAUCGCGGUCGUUGUAGUAAAAUCGACAUCCAUUUUAUAGUUUUCCUAUUCAGCUCGACACAUAAACCCGAGACAAUAAUUUUAAAUACAACGUAAUAAAUUCUCCGUAUUAAAAUUCAACCAUCGUUUGUAACUAAAUAUGUGAUAAAUGUGAUAAAGUGCCAAUAAAUGUACAAAAAUAAUUGAGGUUUCUUUAUUUAGUGACUUAUCGGACGCCUCAACUGUUAUCGUGGAAAACGGCGAGGAAAUAAUAAACGUCGACAAAAUGCAAGUCCCAAACGGAAUAAGCCAUCAAAAAUUCUUAAACGGUCCAGACCAGUUCAUCCCAGCCGACAGUUACACAUGCUGCAAUCCUGGAGGCCACGUUAGAAUCCGUAUGGGUUCUCGGGGUGUUGCCGCGGAACCUCCCAUAUCGGUGCCCGGUCUACUCAGCAGAACGGCCGCUCGGUACCCUGACGAUAUUGCAUUCGCUACAAAGAAGGCGGACGGGAGAUGGCAUAAAACAACUUACAAACAGUACCAGGAACGCGUGCGAACGAUUGCAAAGGGUUUUUUGAAAUUAGGACUGGAACGAUACCACUCCGUCUGUAUAUUAGGUUUCAACUCAGAGCAGUGGUACACAGCUGAUCUAGGCGCAAUACAUGCUGGAGGAUAUGCUGCUGGUAUUUACACAACCAAUUCUGCGGAGGCUUGCUACUUCUGCUUGGAGUCGUCGCGAGCCAACAUCUGCGUUGUACAGGAUAAGAAGCAGCUUGAUAAAAUAUUGUCAGUGCAAAGUCGGCUAAAACACCUGAAAGCAAUCGUACAAUGGGAGGGAGUCGUGAACACAUCGAUACCCGGAGUUUAUAGUUGGGAUCAAAUAAUGGAAAUGGGCGCAAAGGAACCGGACACUCAACUUAACAACAUCCUUAAAUCUAUCGCCGUCAAUGAAUGCUGCACGUUAGUCUACACGUCUGGUACAGUCGGACAACCAAAAGCAGUGAUGUUAUCGCACGACAACCUCACAUGGGAUGCGUAUUCCAUAAGCGAACGAGUUGGAGAUCUGCAGCCGACUGUUGACGUACUCAUCUCCUACCUACCGCUGAGUCAUGUCGCUGCUCAGGUGGUGGACAUUUACACAACCCUUCAUAACGCUGUGGCAGUUUACUUUGCGCAACCCGAUGCCUUGAAAGGCAGUUUGAUAGAAACAUUGAAGGAAGUAAGGCCUACUAGGUUCCUGGCGGUGCCUCGAGUAUGGGAGAAAAUGUACGAGAAAAUCAUGGCCGUGGGCAAAUCCAGCGGAUCCUUGAAACGGUACAUAGCUACGUGGGCUAAAGACAAGGGCACGGAGCAUCAUUGCGCUAGAAUAAAUGGAGCCCUGUCUGCUGGAAUGAUAGGUCUACCAUUAGACUUCACGCUCUUGGAAAUGAUAAAAUAUUGGCAAUCGGGUACAUCAUGCGGUUACAAGAUGGCAAAGUCGGUAGUAUUCAACAAAGUGCGAGUCAACCUAGGUCUCGACCGCUGCUCGACCUUCGUCACCGCGGCCGCACCACUGUCACCUGAAAUCAAGAAGUUCUUCCUCUCCCUUGACAUCCCUAUCAUGGAUGCCUUUGGUAUGAGCGAAGCGGCCGGGGCACACACUCUUAGCAUAUAUCCCAAGUUUAAAUUAGAUUGUUCUGGAGAAGUUCUGGAUGGAACGGAAACUAAAUUCGGCGGGUCAGCAAGCAUCAAUGGGCCCGGAGAGAUUCAAAUGCGCGGUCGCCAUGUUUUCAUGGGCUACCUUAGCGACGAACAAAAGACAAAAGAUACCCUGGACGACGAGGGCUGGCUACACUCCGGAGACGUUGGAAGAUUAGACAGCAACAACUUGUUAUACAUUACUGGCAGAAUAAAGGAGUUGCUGAUUACAGCCGGAGGUGAAAAUAUAGCACCCGUACUUAUCGAGCAAACUGUGCAAGCCCAACUGCUGCACGUAGGAUAUGCCGUGCUUAUAGGCGACAGACGAAAGUUCCUCGCCAUUCUACUCACACUGAAGGCCAAAGUGGACUCCAAUACUGGGGACGCGUUGGACGAACUGGAACCAGAGACAUGUAAAUGGGUGGCCAGCCUAGGAUGCAAGGCCACCACGAUCAGUGAGAUUAUCAAAACCAAAGAUCCAGCUGUAUACAAAGCUAUAGAAGAAGGCAUUGCCCGUGCCAACAAGCAAGCGAUUUCUAACGCACAAAAGAUACAGAAGUUUGCUAUUCUACCCGCAGACUUCUCUAUGAAUACUGGAGAAUUAGGUCCAACACUGAAAAUUAAGAGGAACGUCGUCUACGAGAAAUACAAAGACAUCAUAGAAGGUUUCUACAAAGAUUAGUUAUAGUUUGUACUUAGUAAAAAUGGGUAUGGGCGAAAAACAAUACAUUAAAUGAAAUAUCGAUAUUGCUCAAAUUAGGAGAUAGUUUAAUCAUAUUGUAUUAUAUGUUACGAGUUAUUGUGAUAGUACUCGUAGAACCAUUCAUUUCAUCCAUCCAUGCAGAUUAAAUCUGUUUAUUUUUGUAUCACUUUUAAUAAGGGACACUGAAGUUUCAGAAAUUUCUCGGUUCCGCAAGAGUAUAUUUUCAGAACUUUUGUAUCAUCAUCAUCCUAAAACCGCUGGACGUCCAGUGUUGGAUCUUUUGUCUGAUAAUUAUUUUGUCCGGCGAUUCCCUGCGACACGUUAGAUUCACCUGUCAUUCAACACGAAGUCAGCUUUGUCGCCAUCAUCCCUCUAAGCUCUAGGCCCUCCCAAUUGCCAAUUUAGCUUAGAAACUCUGGUUCUUCUAGGAUCUUUUUCAUUUCUGACACAAUUCGAUCUCGUAGAGACACUUUGAGCAUAGCUCUUCCAUAGCCCGCUGAGUGACUCUGAGAUUUCUUAUCAGAUCCAUCAGACUCCGAAAUUACGGACAUACUUCACGAGCACAGCCAUUUUCAUUUAUAAAAAUAAAAGAGUCGCUCAAGUUAGCUUAAGUUAUAAUAUUGUUGUGAUUGGUUAUAGAAGUGAUGUAAAUAUUUUUGUUACUAAAUAUAUAUUAUCUAAGU